AUGAAAGUGCUAAAGGGGUAUGUUCAGAAUCCUACUCAUCCCGAAGGUUGCAUUGCUGAGCGGCAACAUAUGAUCCACAUCAAGACCGCUUAUCCAAAAUUUAAAAAGAGAACAAAGUGGCUGCAGGAUAAGCACAAUAGCACUUUCAUUCAAUGGCUACGCUUCAAGGUUCAAAGUGAACUUAAUGAGGAAGACAAUCAUGGCGUAUCAGAAAAUUUAAGGUGGCUAGCAGCUGGUCCAAACAUGGCAGUGCCAUUAUAUAGGAGCUAUCUUAUUAAAGUGGACGAACUUGAAUUUACCCUUGUAGAUUUGAGUAAAAUUGGACAUAGGAAUGACCAAUUUGUUUUGGCUUCUCAAGUCAAACAAGUAUUUUUUGUUGACGACCCGAUGCAUCGUGGUUGGUCGGUAGUGUUAUCAAUGCCUAAUAGAGAAUAUAAUGAUGUUAUUGGUGAUGAUGUCUUAGGUGAUGUGAGAAUUGAGUGUGAGCCAUUUACUAGAGGGAUGCCAAAUGUUGACACAUUUGAUGAAGUGGUGGUUGAGUUAGGGAGUCAAAAUAUUCGAGAUGGGUGUGAAGAUAUAUGGGUUGAAUGA